GGCCUGCUUCGUCCCUCCGUGCAGCUUUGACUGCAGAGGCUGAGCUCAGCGGACUUUCUGUCUGUUAUUAUGUCCACGACCCGCCAACACCCAGACUCAUCUCUGCACAGCAGCACCUCCUCUAAUGACCGUGUGCGCAGGUGAAACAUGAGUCACGCGUGAAGCUCUGCAGGAUGUCUUUUAAGGUAAAUCACGUUUUUCCAUCCUCAGCUCCUCCAGGCUGCAGACGGAGCCUCAAAGAGACAUCCGAUUUCAGCCGCUUCCUCCCGCAGUCUGCAUCCUCCUCAUGUCCAGGUUGAUAUUACGACUCUGGGGAUUUAACUGCAGGAAAACGGCGUGAGGUGGAAUUAGAUUCCGUGUUUAUGGACUUAAAUGGAACAGUUUAAGUCUGGCUCUGCGUGCAUGUGCAGAGAUAACCACAUAUAAUGGGCUAUAAUCCGUCCUGUGGUCAAAGUCAGACUCCUCACAUCAGAAUCACUGAAAUCCCUGUAAUCCUGUCUGAAAUAGAGUGUUUGUCUGGUAACUGAUCACCUGACACACCUGAUCAGACUCUGUGAACCUGCAGACACCCUCUGUUGUUGUUUACUGUGAGUGUGUGUAAGACUAUAAUGGUGGUCUGAGGUCAGAGGCUGUUGUGUGUGUUUACUCUGCAGAGGGAAACACCCCUGGCUAAUGCUGUGUUUUGGGCAGCGAGGAAGGGGAACCUGGCUCUCCUACAGCUGCUGCUGAACAGCGGCCGAGUGGAUGCUGACUGCAGAGACAGUGUGAGGAUGCCGUGCAUGUCCUGGCUGCUACGCUGCACGCUUUACCCAUAACCCACCUGUGGUAGGGAGGCAGAGGGACUCACCUCUGAGCUGCAUGUGUGUUUGGGUAUCAUCUCAACUUUACAUUCAUACAUAAACAUAAAGUGUGAAAGUUUCUUGAGAUCAGCCUGCAGAAUUUUGCGGAUUUAUCCUCUCAAAAGUUCGUUUCCACUGCAGGAAUCAGAGUUUAAAUUAAAUCUCAGGCACUUUAUUUAUAGCUCUCUCACCCUGCAUUCAUGUGGUGUCAGCCUUUGCACCCUUUUACAUUAGUAAAAGUGAAAGCAGUGAAAAACCUCCCUCUGCUUCCAGAGUAUGUGUUGCUGGCAGUCUUAUCUGUGUUAAAAAGUGUAAGUGACAAGACUUUGGUCAAAUUAUACUCUGGCAGGCCGCCCAAAUAUCAUCUGUGUGUGGGGAACACUGGCAAUGCCUAAGCAAAUGCCAAAUCUUGUCUACAUCUCUGCACCUUUAUUCAGCCACAGACAGAGGACACAUGACAUUCAACAGAAGUAGUCAAAGGCAGAUAGCACCCUCUGCUGGUAUCAAUAGUCAUUUUCAUCUCACCAAUUGAAAGGGAUCUUCCGGCAUAAGAUUAAUUAAGGGUUAAACACAGUGUAACACCGAGUUAGACACCCCCUCAAGAGAUGAAUGUUGCUGACCGCUUGCUUCUCUAUUUAUACCAACUUUAGUAACGACCGCAUGAUAGCAAUACACAGCAAUCUGAGUAGCCACACACAAACCUCAACCAAAACGCCGCUCCAUAGCCACAAAUAAUGCUCAGAAUAGCACCUAACUUCAUCAACAGUACAUUUAGGGUCCUAGCCAUAGUACUAGCUACCAAACAUCUUUUUAACUUUGCCUAAUUUCUUUAGCAAAGAGACUAAAUAUAACCCACUCUCUUCCAGCAGCCGCUUGUUUGUAGCAAAACCUCGGGCCAGUCCAGUGCGGACUGAUGCAGGGUGACGCGGCUCAAGGAAGAACAUUUAUGGUCAUUUCUUCAUGGAAAUGCAAUCAGACGGAGACGCUAAGGCAGAAGAACUGCCACGUCUGCAGUGCAAAAUGAUUAAUAUGAUUAUUAUUACCUCAAGGAAAUGAUAAAGAAAUGAUCAUAAAUGUUCUUCCUUGAGCUGUGUCACCCCGCAGCAGUCCAUAAUGGAUUGGCCCGAGGUCUCACUACAAACAAGCGGCUGCUGUAAGAGGGUAGGUGAGUUGUAUUUAGUCUUUUUGCUCAAGAAAUAAGGCAAAGUUAAAAAGUUGUUUGGUGGCUAGUACUAUGGCUGGGACCCUAUAUGUACUGUUGAUGAAGUUAGGUGCUGUUCUGAGCAUUAUUUGUGGCUACAGAGUGGCUUUUCGGCUGAUGUUUGUUUAUGGCUCCUCAGACCGCUGUGUAUUGCUAUCCUGCAGUUGUUACUAAAGUUGGUAUAACUAGAGAAGCAAGCGGUCGGCAACAUUCAUCUCUCGAGGGGGUUUCUAACUCGGUGUUAAGGCGUGUUUGACCCUAAAUUAAUUUUACACUGGAAUAUCCCUUGAAGUUCUUCCAUUUGGGCUGAUUUUCAACUAUCUUGGAAAUCCAGUUGAACCCUUGAAUCCUAAAAUCUAUUUUAUUCUGUCUAUGAGGAUUUUCCGACCUCAGUGGAAAUGCAGAUGAUAAUUGUUCUUUAUAUUAAUGUCAAACUCUGCUUAAGUUGUUCCUAGGAAUCGAAGUUCUGGGUUAAUUUUGGUGGAAACACAGCAAAUGUUGCUAAUUUAUUGUCUCCAUAUUGUUGUUUUCAGUAUGGGACCACAGCGCUGAUGGUGGCGUCGUACAGUGGCCAUAAUGACUGUGUCAAAGAGCUGAUCAUGCAUGGAGCAGAUAUUAACUAUCAAAGAGAGGUAUGAUGAGAAAAUGAGCUUUUGUUUGCCUCCAAGUACUUUAAAUGACUCCUAAAAUCACUCAAUGAGAACAGUGUUGGAUGUUUUAGGUAUUUUCUACUGAAAUCGCAGAGAGCAAUGAACCUUUAUGUCAUUAUUCCGAUUUCUGACUUUUGAAAAAGUAAGAAAAGUUUGAAAAGUCUGAGAGAAGCAGAACAAAACUAAACUUUAAAUAUGAAAUUACCAUUGUUUUGCUCAUUGUGAGGAUGAAGUGACUUGUUCAAUGUUUACAGCAGGCAGUGAUGAGCGAAGGUCUUAAAUUAAUAAUGAGUCCCUGUGCUUUACCACACUCAGAAAACAGAACGAGUAAGCUUUUAGGAGAGGUGUGUCCAGGUAGCCCUAAUUGUCAACUGCACAGACAUUUGACAAACAGGAAAAACAUUUCAAAGUUGUUUUCCAAAAGGUUUUUUGUGUUCAAUUAUUAUUUAUUUUUUUGCAUUUUUUAUGAAAUAUUGUUCAGUUUAAUUAAAUACUUUUGCUUUAAACAACAUUUUGGGGGGUAAUGUAAGAUACAUUCUGUUGAUUUUGAAAAAAACAUUUUUUGUAUGAUCAAGUUUUUUGUGAUUUGGGUUUUUUGAUAGAACAGUCUUUUUUGUUUGAUAAAAUGUUUAUGCAUUAAAUAAAGUGUUUUUGCAUUUCAUCAAUAUUUCAUUUUUUUGUAGAAUAAUUUAGUUUUGAUGAUAUAGAAAAUGUUUUUGUGUUUAUGGAAUUUUUUUUAUUUUUUUAUUGUCAUGGGAACUUCAAAGAAGGGCAGGCAAAACGCAGGGACAAAAAAACAUGCAGUGUACCAGGAAAUACGUUUUUGUUAUGUAACAUGUUUUUUUGUGUUCAUUAAAAGCUUUUGCAGUGGCUCCCUUAUUGCAUGUAUAAGACAUCUCCACAGCCCAGCACUGACAAAAACAGGCAGUAAAAGGGUUUGUUUGUACUCUGAAUAAAGGCAGCAUUAAAAUUCAAAAAACAGUUUUAGUUUUGAUCUUUUUAUAGACUGCUGAAUAAGAGGUACAAAAGAACAGAAGAGAUUUGUCAAGUUCUUAAGGGAAGAAUUUAGAAAGUUUCUGGUUCAGUCAGGAUAAAAAUAUAUAUUUUUUAUCAUCUUGUCUAGACAGGUUCGACCGCUCUUUUCUUCGCCGCUCAGCAGGGACACCACGACGCGGCAAAGCUCCUGUUUGAAUUUGGAGCAUCCACUGAGUUCCAGACGAAGGUACACUGCUGUGAAGUCUGUGUGUAUUACAGAGGGGAAGGUGGAAGGAGCUGCAGGCUGGGAGUCAGAGAGUGAAAAUAAGGAGACUCAAAUGAUGCCUUGCCCCUCAGAGAUCUAAUAAUCUAAGAUUCCUUCUGCAUCCUACAGCUCAGACUGAUGAGCUGUUUUUCUCAGUGAAAGAUUGUUUUUUGUGUGGCAGGAUGGCGGCACGGCUCUCACUGUCGCCUCUCAGUACGGACACUCCAAGGUGGUUGACAUCCUGCUGAAGAACGGGGCCAAUGUCCAUGAUCAGCUGAAUGUGAGCAUGCUUUCCCAGCCUCUGAAGAUGGCUGUUUUCCCUCACAUUUAAAUGCUACAUGUACUUCGAAUGAGAAUUUACCAAUUUUUACCUGCUGCAGUCUCACAUGAGCUCACCCUGACUUUUUUGUGGACGGUUUACUGGGAGACUGUUUCUGAGGUGGUGUUAGAAAACUCAGAAAACUCUUAAAAUAAAUCUUUGCUGUAGUCAUUUGAAUGCUUCAAAUUGCAUGACGCUCCCUGGUCUCUUCCAUACCUGAUUCCUCUUCCUGUCUGAGUCCCUGUCUGUCUGUGAGGAAGAGGAAGGUAAGUUGCACACAGUAUCUCAGCAGCAGGAAUCCAGCCAGUCAGGUUUCUGCAGACUGCUGAGUCAGACUCGACUCACUCUUGGCUGGAUCAGUCUGUUGUCAGAGUGAAAAAAACAACUGUGCUGCACAAAAACAGAUUCAUAAACCUGCAGAAAUCUAUCAAGAUAUGUUUUCUUUAGUUUCAGGAUAACCUGACCCUGUUUUUAAGAUGAUUUUUUGUGUCUCAGGAUGGUGCCACCCCUCUGUUUCUGGCAGCUCAGGAGGGUCAUGUGACUGUGAUUCGUCAGCUGCUUUCCUCUGGAGCCAAGGUGAAUCAGGCCAGAGAGGUAAUAACCUCCAGUUUUAUAACAUCCCUACAGAUUCUCUCUCUCCCCUGCAUCAUCUCUAAUACUGACUUCCUCCUUCUCUUUAUCCUCAUCCUCCUCCUCUUGCAGGACGGCACUGCCCCUCUGUGGAUGGCGGCCCAGAUGGGUCACAACGAGGUGGCAAAGGUGCUUCUGUUACGUGGAGCAGAUCGUGAUGCUGACAGACAUGUAUGCAGUUAUUUUAGAGCUUUUGGGGUGUAUAAAACAUGCACUUUGAAGGACAAAAGAUGAGUGUCUUUUAGUGAAACUUCUGGUGAUAUUAUUGUUUAAAUUUACUUCCAGAAAUAUUUGAGUUUUUACUGCAAAUAAAAAAAAAAUCUUAAUGACUGAAUAUUUGAUGCAAAGUAACAAUUGCAUGCAGUUAUUGUCAAAUUAUCCUCAUCCAAGAGCCUCUCAUUCUGGGCUUUUUGACUCUUGCAGCACUUUUUGUUAGAAGUUUGAUCACUACCACAGAGCUGUACAUUUUUCAAUUUACCUAUUCUGAGCUCUUUGAGAACUGAACUUUGGUAUAAAAACUCUUUUUCUAUACUUUCAGCAUUAGUAGUUAAGAGAUUAUGUGUUUUGGAGUUUGUUUAUUGCUUUAAAAUCUGUCUUUGCUGUCUCUACAGGACGGGUCCACGGCUUUAUUCAAAGCAGCUCUAAAGGGACACAGCGGCGUCAUCGAGGAGCUGCUCAAGUUUUCUCCUUCACUUGGCCUUCUUAAGGUAAACCAUGCUGCAGUUUUUUUAAAUUCUGAAAUAAAGAAAGUAAACACCCUCAUGAUUCUGUAAAUUAUUUUAAUUUAGGAUGAGAGAACGUCCUACUUUGAGGUAAAGUUACUCACAGUAUAUUCACAAAUUUUGCCUCCUAGUUUAGUCGAUAACUUGGUCACAUUACAUUUUUUCUUUCACGAAACUAUUGCUUCCUUCCCAGCACAGCAGGCUAUAGACUCACUGUUAUCAGCCCAAGUCAUCUUCUGAGUUGAGCGACUUGUCACAGCUGCAUUUCUCUGACAUGACAUCUAAAAAUAACUUAAUGUUUGAAUGAACUUUGUUCCUGCUGCAUUUAGAUGGCUGUAACUUAGUGCGACCAACAGGAAGUAAUUUACCUGUGAAGAGAUUUGAGUGACUCUACAAUUUACAGAGAAAUUAUUAUUGUUAUUAUUGUUGUUGUUGUUAUUAUUAUUAUUAUUAAUAUUAUUAUUAUUAUUAUUAUUAUUGUUGUUGUUGUUGUUGUUGUUGUACCUUCAAAUUUAAUAUAAACUAAGUUCAGUAAAUUUUCAAAAAGGUGAUCAUUUUCGACACGUGCUCUAUAAUUAUCAAGUCGUUCCAUUUUUGUUAUGUUAAAGUAUAUGUUCUCAACCAAAUAAUGUGAAACCAGCAGGAGACUUUGUGUGAACUGAUAGAGGAAUUUUACAGGAUAUUUAUAUACCAUGUGUUUUCUGUAUCGCUCAAGUAAGAAAAAAGUUUAGAUGAUCCAUGUUUGAAAAGAUUUUCACUGUAAAAUGUUUUUUAACCAGGUGAGAAGUUUUUGGUCUUUUUGUUCUUGUUUUUUUGUUUUUUGUUUUGCAUGCAGAGCAAUAUUUAUGAAAUCUUUAUAUUUUGUGUGGAAAAGAUGGGUGAGAUCACUGUCAGGUUUUAAAAAAUACAAAAAUACCAAAAAAUAAAAGUUUAUAAACAAUGUCAAAUUUUCUGCACAGGUAUGAGAGUGCUAUCAACCUCACUCAAAGAUAAGGUUACAUAGUUUAAGUGUAACUUUGCAGCUCUGGCUACAGAGCAGGUUUUAUUUUUAAGUAUUGGUGGAAAACGACCUCGAACCAGAACUAAGAUCACAAACUGUGUUUUAUUUUUUUUUUGUCUCCAGAACGGCUCCUCAGCUCUUCAUGCAGCAGUUAUGGGAGGAAACCUGCGAACUAUUCUGCUGCUGCUCGGGGCAAACGCAGACCCAAUGCUUCCAAACAAGGUGAGACUCAGAGAUAUAAAGUAGCAAAAGAUAAUAAACAGAAGCAGAAAACUAAUCCUGUGUUUUUUGUUUCUGCAGAAUAAUGAACUCCCCGCAGAUCUGACGAAAAGUGAACGCAUCCUUAAACUGUUACAUCCCCAAAUGAUAAAUGGAGACAGUUGAUGACUGCCCUGAACCCUGCCUUCAAACCUGCCUGUAGCACACUGCUGAGGGGAAAGAAAACAACAAAUACAACAUGUACUUGACAUGGUGCUUGCGUCUGAUUCAAAUCAAUCUGUAAUCUGUGAAAUUACAGGACUAAAUCCUAAGAAAACACAAUCUGAAAUAAACUUCUCUUCCCUCUGCUUCCCUUUUUCUUUACCCUAAACAGUAAAUGAAUUUAUUUUUCUCCAAAGUGCUGUAAGAUUUUUAGAUAUUUUGCCAAUUUUUUCUUUGCCUUUUUCAUAGAUGUUAAAAUGUGUCAAUAAAGUCUAAAUAUUCAACUACUUAA